AUGGGUGGUGAAACAUGGAGCCUGACGGCGAAGAUCUGCGACUCGUGCAAGGCGGCGCCGUCCACUGUGUUCUGCCGCGCCGACUCCGCCUUUCUCUGCCUCGCCUGCGACGCCAACAUCCACGCCGCCAACAGGCUCGCGUCCCGCCACGCGCGCGUCUGGGUCUGCGAGGUCUGCGAGCAGGCCCCCGCUACCGUCUCCUGCAAGGCCGACGCCGCCGCCCUCUGUCCCGCCUGCGACCGCGACAUCCACUCCGCCAACCCCCUCGCCCGCCGCCACGAGCGCCUCCCCCUCGCCCCCUUCUACGACGCCGCCGCCGCAGCCAAGCCCGCCCAGGACUUCUCCGAGGAGGAGGCCGAGGCCGCCUCCUGGCUCCUCCUUCCCAACGCCGGCGACCGGCCGGAGGAGGGCGAGGAGUCCGAAUCGCGCGAGUACAAGUCCGCCGAGUACCUUUUCACCGACGUGGAUCCGUAUCUGGAUCUGGAUCUGCUCUCCGGCGAGCAGAAGGCCGCUGGGAGCGAUGAGAACAAGCAGUAUUCUGCGGACGGGGUCGUGCCGGUGCAGAGCAAGGCCGAGUUCGGGCCGAGCCACUACCCGGGGCCCGUCGUGGAUGGGUUCCCCACCUACGAUAUGGAUUACCCCAUCCCCAAGCCUUUCAUGUACAACUUUACCUCACAAUCCCUUAGCCAGAGUGUAUCCUCUUCAUCGAUGGAGGUGGGAGUGGUCCCCGACCACACAGCCAUGGCCGAUGUAUCGGACAGCUUAGGAAAAUCCGAAGCUGUUCCUGUCCCGGUUUCAGGUCUGGAUCGGGAGGCUAGGGUUUUGAGGUACAGAGAGAAAAGGAAGAACAGGAAGUUUGAGAAAACCAUUCGAUACGCGUCAAGAAAGGCGUACGCCGAGACACGGCCGAGGAUCAAAGGCAGGUUCGCCAAAAGAUCCGAACUUGAAGUCGACUCGUUGAUCACGUAUGGUGUUGUGCCCACUUUUUAG